AUGGUUGGGAUAAAGAUGAGGAUCAUGUGCUGGAUCACGGGCCGUACUGAGGUUGUUCCUUCAUGGAGAUCUAGCACACCAGUCACCUACGGUUGGCUGGACAUCUGGGAGCAGCACAAGGUUGGGCGGAUCACACUGGAGCCGGCCUCCCUCCCGAAACUGCCUCUGCGGAUCACGCUGGACCUGGCUAUCUGCAGUGUCUCGCAGCUCGGCGGCGAGCAGAGUCAACCAAGGCUAGGAUGUGCGUGGCGAGCUGCAGCGAACAGACCAUGCCUAUGGCAGUGCCGGCCGGCGGAGCCCACGAGGAUGGUGUGGCUCCUAGAUCAAGAGUAUGACAGGGAUCACCGGGCUUUGCAUAUGACAGAGAGGACAAUGGAUCUUCACCCUUUGAAGAUUCGUUACCAUGGCACAGUGGAUAUACCGUAUGACGAGAGGUAUACGGAGCACAUCCAGCCUACCGGUCUUCUCCCGUUCAUAUCUCUUGUAAGCCGUGGGGGGCUGAACAUGAACACCGCGGCACUCACCGCCCUUGUCGACCGGUGGAGGCCGGAGACGCACACAUUCCACUUGAGAGCCGGUGAGAUGACCCCUAUUCUCCAGGAUGUUUCCAUGAUACUUGGACUUCCUAUUCAGGGCGAGCCACUGUGUAUGAACACAGCUUCUGAAGGGUGGCGCCAGCAGAUGCAGGCGCUUAUUGGAAUGGCUCCUCCGACGCCAGCAAAUCCAAAGGAGAGAGCUCCCGCCGGCGUGUCUUUCUCUUGGAUCAGGACUAACUUUCGACAAUGCCCGAACGGGGCCAACGAGGACACUAUCAGAACGUACACCCGCGUGUACUUAUGGUACAUGAUUUCGAGGACUCUCUUUCCUGACAGUGGGGGGAAGCUGGCCCAUUGGUGUUGGCUGAAGGCGCUUACGGUGUUGGAGCACCGGUGGAGUUGGGGAACAGCGGCACUUGCCUACCUCUACCGGCAGGUGAUGGUGGAUUGGGAGCCAUAUGGUACCUACUACCGUAUUGGCACGGCGAUGACUGACACUGCUGGCCCUGUGGAGAUUGUGCCUCACGACUUGGCCGCUUUCAACAACUACCUCCAGUGGUUCCAUGAAAACACGCGUAUCGAGUUAGUGAAGCACGCGUAUGCUGAGGACAUCUUGGACGACCCCAUCGAGUUUGAUGAGGUUGCGCAAAGCCAGCAUGACACCUUUGCUCGCAGAGGGAGAUCGACUUCUAUUGCUUCCGAGCUGAACUUCGUGCGGUCGGAGAUCCAAAAAAUAGCUGACGAGUGCGAGAUUAUGUGGGACCAGAGCGGGAGAGAUGAAAAGCCUGUCGGACCGUUGCGGCAUUUCAUUAAGAACACUGCACGAAAGAUGCGGCGGUUAGCCAACUUGCUAGGUUGCCGCGACGGCGAAAUUCCUACAUCCUCUUCUGAAGAAUUCCUGACGACGAGGAAAUUUUGA